GAAAAACCUAAUUCAUUUCCAAGUUCCAACACCAAAACACGAAGAAACCCUUUUGUUCUGUUCUUCUUUCUAACCUCGAUAGCAUCAACAAUGGCAAACAAAGAAAUGGAUGUUGCGAGAGGUGUGGAUUUGAAGCGUUACAUGGGUCGGUGGUACGAGAUAGCGUGUUUUCCAUCAAGGUUUCAACCAAGUGAUGGUAAGAACACAAGAGCAACCUACACUCUGAGAGAUGAUGGAACUGUGAAUGUUCUGAAUGAGACUUGGAGUGGUGGAAAAAGAAGUUACAUUGAAGGUACUGCUUAUAAAGCUGAUCCUAAUAGUGAUGAGGCUAAACUUAAGGUCAAAUUCUAUGUUCCUCCAAUGCUUCCUAUCAUUCCUGUUACUGGGGAUUAUUGGGUUUUGCACCUUGAUCAUGAUUAUCAUUAUGCUCUUAUUGGACAACCUAGCAGGAAUUAUCUUUGGAUAUUAUGCAGGCAACCCCAUUUGGAUGAAGAAAUCUACAACGAGCUUGUUCAGAAAGCUAAGGAAGAAGGGUAUGAUGUGAGCAAACUGCGCAAGACUCCACAAAGUGAUACUCCACCUGAGCAAGAAGGUCCUGAAGACACCAAAGGAAUUUGGUGGUUCAAAUCCCUGUUUGGAAAAUAAAUAAACAAACAAGUAUGGUUAUGAACAGUGUUAUGUAAUCACCUCUGAAGUAGUGUUUAUUUCAUGUCAUGAAUAAAGGUCUUUGGAACUCUAAUCAGAUCAAUUUAGUUUUGAUUUCUAUAUAUAUCAUCAUGUAUUUGCUUGUUUUGUACAUAUAGACUGAAGAUGUGAACUUUAGUAAAGUUGGUAUUUUAUAUUCAAAUUGUGUUUGUUCUUA